AUGUGGGCGCUCUCGCGGUAUCGACCAGAGGACGAGCUGCAGACACAAGAGCUGAGAAGCCUGCACAGCUCCACUUGCCAGCAGAUCCGCAACGCCAAGGUGGGCAUUGAUGCGAGAAGGGGUGCCGCUUAUACAGGGUCAGCUUCUCUCGCUAUGAUGCACCCUUACGCAAUUGUCGUGCUGUUCCAGCUGUUCCCGGCCCUGUUUCUGGGCAUCCCCUGGAUGGAAGGCCCGGAAGCUAUGCGUGAGAGGUACUUGAAGCGAAUGAUUGGCCUAGUGCAGAUCGCUGUGCGCAAGCAUGCGCCCCUUAUGGAGCACCACGAGCACGUCCGCAGCAGCUUUCCGCGACUGGCGUUCAACUGCGGGAGCCUGGCCGUGGAAUUUCGCAGCCGGAAGUCGCUCCACACAAUCACCGUGCUGGGAAGUGCGGAGAAGCCCAACAGUCUUCCUGGCAAACGCGCGUGGGAGCACACCACCAUCUUCACCUAUCCCUUUCCACAGGUCAUAGGCGAUGGGGUUGUGUUGGAUGCCGAACAUGAGAAUGUGUACGUCUUCCGCGAGCCGGAGGGCAGGUUUGUGGUGCAGGCGUGGCCCACUACCGCCAACAAGAGAGGGGAGUUCCAGGAUGUCACUGACGCCUACCAGCAAUUGGAUGCCAAGCACAGCACGGGCCUGGGCAAGGCGAGAGAACACUUCCAAAAGAUGCUGGGGCGGCUCUUUAAUUGUGACAUCGAUAUCCAGGACAUCACUGUAACACAGAAGAAGGAUUGCUUCCACCCAAUUCCCACGCCUGUGCUGGUGGGCACGCCCUCGGUACUGAGCGCUUUCUUGAGUUGCGAUUCUUGGCUUCGGCGUGCUUGGGGUAUUUGGUCCGUAUCUGAGACUGGGCUGACCUACCUGACUGGAUGUUGCCUCCAGCCUGUCAAGUUUGCAAAGGGCUAUCCUGAUCAGGAGUACUGGCUCUACAUGCGGGGCAGCCAUGGGGCAGGGAGUGAAAUCCCACUUCCGAUGAUCAUCCAUCGCGAGCUCGCUGAGAAGGACCGCGAUGUUCUUGCGCGUGCCGAGGGCGAAGUCGAGGCCAUGCCAGGACCCCAAAAGAGUUCGAAGCUCUGUUGA